CAACACGUCUCUGUCGGCUUCACGUCUCAUCGGUCGCAGUUGAGCUCCCCACCCGUUUCAGACACACGACCGAGGAGUAUAAUGGGUCCUAAGCCAGGCCAGAAGACAGUGCUUAUCACCGGCUGCACACCGGGAGGCAUUGGCCAUGCACUGUGCUUGGAGUUCCACGCCAAGGGCGUCCAUGUUAUCGCCACGGCCCGCAACCCCGCCGUUCUCUCCGAGAUGGCUGCCAUGGGCAUGACCACGCUCACCCUGGAUGUCACCAAGGAAGACAGCAUUAAGGCCUGCCACGACGAGGUCUCGAAGCUUACCGGCGGUAAACUGGACAUUCUCGUCAACAACGCUGGCCGCACCCACACGCACCCGGCCACCGACCUGUCCAUCCCGGACGUGCGCGAGACCUUCGAGACCAACGUGUUUGGCGUCAUGGCCAUGUGCGCCGCCUUCUCGGACCUGCUGAUCGCCUCCAAGGGCCUCAUCAUCAACAUCGCCUCGCUGGCCGCCGUGACCCCCUACGUCUUCGGCUCGGCCUACUGCGCCACCAAGGGCGCCGUCACGGCCUACUCGCGCACCCUGCGCCUCGAGCUCAAGCCGUUCGGCGUCCGCGUCAUGGUCGCCAUGACGGGCACCGUCCGCAGCCAGAUCGCCUCGCGCACCCACCGCACCCUGCCCGAGGGGAGCAUCUACCAGCGCGUCCGCGACAUCUUCGAGCGCCGCCUGACCUUCUCCCAGAACAACCGGGCCACCAUGGACACCGCCCAGUACGCCCGCAAGCUCGUGGCCAAGGCCCUCGCCCCGGAGUGGCCGCUGCUGCUGCGCGCCUGGUUCGGCCGGCCCGACUGGUUCUGGGCCGGCGGCUGGGCCGCCGUGGUCUGGCUGGGCCAUUCCCUGGGCGAGUGGAUCACGGAUUUCGUCAUGUACCGCAUGAUGGGGUUGACGACGCUGGAGAAGGUGCUCAGGGAGGAGGAGAGGAAGAAGAAGAAGCUGACGUGAGGCAGCCAACAAGGGCAGGGGGAUUGAACGUGCUCUGUCAGAUCUGUAAGGCUGGUGAUGUAAUUAUCCGUUAUUGAGGUCACGGUGCUGUUGCAGAUAUUAAUAUUAUCCCACUGGGCGCGCGCGCCUUGUCCGAAAUUCUCC